CAAAACUCUUCCCACUGCCUACUUGCAAGACUUGUUAAUUAUUACAAAUCCUACUGGAGUCGUCCUGCACAGAGUCAAGGUUUUAAUCCACACUGCACCCGACGGAACUAAGAGUGGCACCAUGACAGGCUGCAUGGCUGUUGUCUUCUCUGUAGCAGCUCUGACUGCAUGGAUAGUCACUGCUGAUUCCAAAGAGUUAUCCAUCACAACUAUAAAGGAAGAACCCUACACCAUGAGCAAGGGCUCUGAGCUGGAGGGCUACUGCAUCGAUCUGAUCUCUAAGCUCGCUGAGAAAAUGAACUUCACGUACAAACUGCACCUGGUGAAGGACAGCCGCUACGGGACCAUGGACUCCAGCGGCAACUGGAACGGCAUGAUCGGUGAAGUCAUCAGAGGGGAGGCUGACCUGGCCGUGGCCCCUCUGACGCUCACUGCGGUCAGGGAGCAGUUUGUAGACACCUCGGCCCCUUUCAUGCACACAGGGAUCGGCUUCAUCAUGCGUAAGGACUCGGCCUCUGAAGAGAGCAGCUUCAGCCUGCUGUCACCUUUCUCCACCAACAUGUGGAUCGGCGUCCUCAUCGCCUUCCUGCUAACAGGGUUCUGCAUAUUCCUGGUGGGCAGGAUCAGUCCCACUGAAUGGAUUGAGACGGACACAGAGGAGCCCAGCUUUACAUUGCUGCACAGCUUCUGGUACAUCACAGGAGCUCUCACCCUGCAAGGUGCUGGUCCUCACCCCAAAGCCCUGUCUGGACGGCUGGUCAGCGCCAUCUGGUGGCUGUUUGCUGUGCUGCUUUUGGCCAGCUACUUCAGCAACUUCAACUCCACGUUGCACUCCAACAACAAAAACUUCUCCAUCAAGACUUUUGAAGACCUGGCCAACCAGAAUGUGAUCGAUUAUGGCACGGUGGAGUCUGGCUCCACCAUGCUGUUCUUUAAGAAUUCCAAGAACCCCAUUUACCGGCGAAUGUACCAGCACAUGGAGCGGAAGAAGAGCUACGCAUCCAGCAUGGAUGAGGGGAUUCGCCGCGCUCAGGAGGGAGACUACGCCUUCAUCGGGGAGGCUGUGUCUCUGGACCUGGCCGUGGCUCGCUACUGCAAACUGUGUCGUUCACAGGAAGUCAUCGCCUCUAGAUCCUACACCAUCGCAGCACCUAUAGGUUCCCCCCUUGUCAAGACCUUAUCCAUGGCCGUCCUCCAGCUCAGUGAGUCUGGUGAGCUGACUUAUCUGCAGCAGAAGUGGUGGGCCAGCAGCUGCAUGGGCGCUGACCAGGCCCACCCCUCAGACGCCCUGCAGCCCCAUGACUUGCAGGGUCUCUUCCUCCUCCUGGGCCUGGGACUGGGUGUUGGACUCCUGGUGGCCCUGCUGGAACUCGUAUCUAGGGCCCGCAACCAAGCUAAGGAUAGCAAGAAAUCCUGCUGCUCGGUGUUGACAUCAGAGUUAAACCGGCGAUUUGGCAGCAAAGGGGAGAGUGCAGAGCAAGACGGCUCAGACAAAAGCAAAGCCUAAAGGAAAAGUUUACAUGUUAGCUUUUUAUAAGAUAGAAAAGUCUGAAAGCCUCUGUAGAACUAACAGCCAAUUGUUGUGUGAUCCUUCAGUGUGUUUUGUACUCUUCCAGAAAAGACUAGACACCACGUGAAACACAUCAACUAGCAGCUACAGCGUAUUGAGCUACGAAACAAGUGACUUAGAGCUUCAAAUUGCAAAUAGUAGUGAUUCUGAAUUAUUUACUAUACAACAGUGUUGCAUGAUACUAGAUAUCCACACCCUACUCCCUACUAACUUGCAUAUAUUUUGUUGAACUUUACUUGUUGUAUUUUCUUGUAUGUUCCAAAUAAAUCCUCCAAUAUUUCAAA